AUGGAUAGGACUGUGCAGCAGACCGAUUACGAUGCCCUCUCAUGUCGCAUGGCGGCUAUAACACGGGGAUACUUACCCAGCCAAAAGCAGAUUGAGCAGUGCGGGUACGAAGGCUACACAGAGGUGCACGUUGAAUACUGCAACGUGUUGCGGCGGCUAAGCAGGCGGCUUUAUUCACGGGUGCAGAAGGCAUGCACCACACUACUGCCGGUGAUGAACUAUGGGUCAUUUGUGCGUACGGUUUCAGUUGACGUGGAGCUGCAUAAGUAUGUAGCAGGCUUUGGCGGGCGCGCCCAGGUCGUGAACCUAGGCUGUGGAUCAGACCUAAGAAUGUGCAUGUUGCUGGAGCGCUAUCCGGAACUGCACUAUGUAGACGUGGAUUUUGCGGAAACUGUAAAGAUGAAGCGCGAAGUGCUGAUGCAAAGCGCUGAAUUGUGUCGGCGGAUAGGCGCGAGCAGCACAUCUCCUCAGGAGCAGGAUUGUGUCCUACACGGACCCCGCUAUAGACUCCUUGCAGGUGAUCUCCGCGACACGGGCGCCUUGCUUGAAUUGUUACAGAAACACACAGACGCUGACCUGCCAACGGUUGUCAUCACGGAGUGCGUGUUAUGCUACUUGCCGCGUGAAGCAGCACAGGCGUUGAUCAGGGAAGUCUGCGGAUUCUAUAAAUCCGGUUCAUGGAUCAGCUAUGACCCAAUUGGUGGCGGACAGCGGGAAGAUCGGUUUGGAAGUAUAAUGCAGAGCAAUCUGAGAGAGUUCAGGCAGCUCGAACUGCCGACUCUAAUGGAGUUCAAUUCUAAAGAGAAGUAUUCUGCGCGGUUUCCGGCGCCCUCGAACAUCCAGACCAUGUGGGAAUACUACAUGACGGACAUUUCAGAGGACGAGAAGCGGAAGCUAAAGACCUUGCAGUUUUUGGACGAAGUCGAGGAACUAGAGAUCCUGCUAUCACAUUACGUAAUCUUAGUUACGUCUUGGUAG